CACAUGCUGCUGAAAAAGAAAGCAUAAUGGAAAGUUAUGAGUUAAGGUUAUCUAGAAAGAAAAGCUUUCAUAUUGUGAAGCAUCUAAUAAGGAUCAAGCGAGCACUAUCAUCAACCUUAAAAAGCAGAUUGAGGAAUUAGAAACAACCUACUCGGCCAGCCAACAACGAAAAACUCAGCAGGAACUCGAUACUGUAAAAAAAGCUUAUGAAGAGUACAAGCGCCUGAGCAAAGCAGAAUAUGAAGCUAUGGAGCGUCGCUAUCGCGAUGAAAUUCGCGCUCUACAGAAUGGCAACGACGAUAGUACUUCAGUGUGGCUGCAAAAGAUAAAAUCUGUUCAGCAAGAACUUGAUCAACUGUAUGAUCGCUUGUCACUGGAAGAAGAACAGCAUAAGAGGGACAUAGAAAAGCUGAAAGAAAAACAUCAAGAAGAAAUCACUGGAUUGUUGGAGAUAAGCAAUCAAAAGGAAAUGCAGAUCGACGAGCAAUGUAUUCAUAUUCAAGAAUUAGAUAACAGGAUUGAUAUUUUGCAAUCGUCAUUGGAGGCAGCUACUGCCCGCUUCGAAACGUCUGCAAAACUCUCACCUACCUCAGUCAGUAAUGCUACGUCUCAGCAGCAAUCUAAUGAGAGGACUGACCAUCAAAAGUGCUUAUAUCUUAUUGAUAGCAAACAGAAAGAAAUUGAGGCACUUGACAAAAAAAUUGAAGAUUUGAAAGAGCUACAUGAAAAGCAAUGGAUGACUUCAGAACAGGAAAAAGCAGCUACUAUACAAGAGCUUCAAAAUAGUAUUGCAUUGCUAGAAAAAAAAUUACAACAAGCAGCGAGCACACCACCAAGAUCACCCAAAGGACCUCGUAGCAAUGACUUUAGUAAUAGCAGUAAUAUCAGUAGUCCAGAGCAACAGAGCACCACAAUUGCCAAUGAGAUAAAAGAAUUUGAGCAGAAGGAACAAAGCAGGCUGGUAAAAAUUGCUGAACAACAUCGACAAGAGCUGCAGACUUUACAUGAACAAUAUCAGUUUAUGUUAGAUGCCAAAAAUCGUGAAUUGGAAAAAUUUUCCUACAGAAUUAAAGCCAUGGAAGCAUCAAGGCACAGAGAAACAGAAGAAUUGAAGGUGCAAACGGACCAAAUAGUAGAAAAGCUUGAAAAAGAUAUUGAAGGCUAUGAGCGCAAAUUAAAUGAUGCCAGAAGUCGUCUCAGUAAAUCAGAAGAAAAGAUUGCUCAUUGGCAAUUAAUAGCAGCAAACAAUGAGAUGCUGAUACAGGACAUAAAAAAAGAACGCACUUCACUUAUAGAUGAAAGAGAUCAACUUGCAAGACUUUUGAGUCAAUUACAAAUGGAAAUACACCGACAUUGAACACUCAUAGUAUAACGAUAUUUUGCAGAGCUUUUUUUUUCUUCACAGAUAACAAUAUAUGCUUGUUGGUGAAAGUCAAAGAUAGCACGCUCAUUGCUCAAAGCUAAUAUUUUAAAAAAGUAUAUAUACCAACUUGUCCAUUUUUAAACUGGCGCAUUUAAUAUUUCCUUCUCCCAUGGUAUUCUACUAUUUUGACGUAUAAUGUUAUAUUUCUUUCAUAAAAAACAAUCAAAUGAUUCUGUCCUCGAAAGUUGUCUAAUUGCAUCUGUUAUUGAUUAUCAAUUAGCAAUCAAAUAAACUAUCAAAAGCGGUGAAUUUAUU